CUCACAAAUUAUCAACCAGCAAGUAAAAUAAUUAAGGCAGUGCAAUUAUGAAUCGCUUAAUUGGACUCCUAACCAUCCUCGCGUUUCUUACAAGGCCAGCCUUGACUGCGCCUUCAUGCUCUACUGUUAAGCAACAACUAGUUCCCUGCCUUGGUUUCAUUAAAGAUAUCACAGAUCGGCCCUCAGAUUCUUGUUGUUCCGGCACCAAGGAGAUUGGCGAUCAGACCAAAACUCAAGGUGAUCGUCAAGCUAUUUGCGAAUGCCUUAAGAACAUACUGGCGGUGGCUGGAACUUAUGAUAAAAACCGCAUCCCUCAAAUUCCCAAAACUUGUGGUGUACCCAUUUCUCUCCCUCCAAUUGAUUCUUCAACUGAUUGUUCCAGGGCUAUUACUGAAUAUGUCUUCUAAUCAUCUGGGAACGUUUCCCUGCUAGCAGAAAUUAUACGGCCACGCAAUAUAUAGAUGUAGCAAAUAAAUUGUCCUGGGCUGGGAUACACAAGCCAAUCCAUAAUGCAAAAUAAUCAAUAACAAAUUUAACGAACUAAUUGACAGUAA